CCCGCCAGCGCUGACCCUCGUCCGCGCGUGUCGCCCAUCCCUCCGGCGCCCGCUGCCGGGAAAGGAGGCCACUCCAGGCUGAGCGGCCGCUCCGCGAGGUGAACCUGCAGCCCGGAAAGGCGGUGCGGCGAAGCCCCGAGCCGGAUCCUCCUCGGACCGGGCCCCAGCGGACCGGCACCGCCGGCAUGUCGGAGGCGCGGAAGGGGCGGGAUGAGACGGACGAGAGCCAGUAUGACUCGGGCAUCGAGUCUCUACGCUCUCUGCGGUCCCUGCCUGAGCCUACCCCGGUCUCUGCCCCCGGGUCCUCGGAAGGCGGGGGCGCCCAGCCUUGGACCCCUCCUACGGGCACCGCCGAGGACACACAGGAGAAGGAAGACACAGAUGGGGACCGAGCCGACUCUACCUAUGGCUCCUCUUCGCUCACAGAGCCCCUGCCUUUUUUGGGGGGUGCCGAGACCGAAGAUCCAGCUCCAGGCUCACCUCUCCCCACCACGGGGGCGCUGAGCCCACAGCAGCUGGAAGCUCUCACUUACAUCUCAGAUGACGGAGACACGCUGGUCCACCUGGCAGUGAUUCAUGAGGCCCCAGCUGUGCUGCUCUUUUGCCUGACUUUGCUGCCCCAGGAAGUCCUGGACAUUCAGAACAACCUUUACCAGACUGCGCUCCAUCUCGCUGUACAUCUGGACCAGCCAGGUGCAGUCCAGGCCUUGGUGCUGAAGGGGGCCAGCCGGGAACUACAGGACCGGCAUGGUGACACAGCCCUGCAUGUGGCCUGUCAGCGCCAGCAUCUGGCCUGUGCCCGCUGCCUGCUGGAGGGACAGCCAGAAACUGGCAGAGGACCACCUCACUCCCUGGACCUCCACCUGCAAAACUGGCAAGGUUUGACCUGUCUCCACAUCGCCACCCUGCAGAAGAACCCCACGCUCAUGGAACUGCUGCUUCAGAACGGAGCUGACAUUGAUGCGCAGGAGGGCACGAGCGGGAAGACAGCGCUGCACCUGGCCGUGGAGACCCAGGAGCGGGGUCUGGUGCAGUUCCUGCUGCAGGCUGGGGCCCGGGUGGAUGCCCGUAUGCUCAAUGGUUGCACACCCCUGCACCUCGCAGCUGGCCGGGGCCUCAACAGCAUCUCAUCCACUCUGUGCCAGGCAGGUGCUGACUCCCUGCUUCGGAACGUGGAGGAUGAGACUCCACAAGACCUGGCUGAGGAUCCCCUUGCUCUGUUGCCCUUCGAUGAUCUGAAGAUCUCAGGGAAGCCGCUGCUGUGUGCCGACUGAAGCCAGGGCAGUGUCAGGGGCUCUGGAGCCUCCACUUCUUCCCAUCUGGAAGCUGCUGCAGUUUUGGCCCAAGCAUUGCGUGCCCUUCUGGUGUCCUAGGGACUGCUGAGGCCAGAGUCUGAGACCAGCACAGCCCUAAUCUGAGAAGCAGGUUCACAAGUGAGAGCCAGUCUGGAAGAAAGAGCUUCCCAGGUGGAAGAAAUUCUUGGAAGACUCCCAGAGCCCCAGGUGUCCUGGGUGAAGCAUGUUUGCCUCUCUUGAGAAUGACAAGGGCUCUUGUUUCUACCCAUGUUGGGUCAGCCUGAAACUGCCAAUCUUCAGGAAAAAGAGACUCUUCUGAGUGAAGAGAAAGGCUGAAAUAUGAACAAGCAGGGCCCUGAAGGGUUCCAUCUCACCGCUGUUGAGGAUUCUUAAACACUUGUUUAACGACUUCAUAUAGAGGGCCCUGAACUCAGCCUUUGGGGAGGGGGUAGUUUCAAUUACAUGACACUAAAAUAUCAGAGACUUUUAAAAUGCCCUCCCCUGUCAGUUAUUUUGCGUGCAUGCAGGUCUGCGUACACUGGGGAAUUUUAGACAGACCUGCCUUGAGACGUUGUGGUAGAGGUAGAGAGUGGGAUAUUGUCACUUGAGCAGUGUAGAGCCUUGUUAGAUAGGGAAGAGGGACUAACAGCCCUCAGGCCUUUCUGCCCAGCACAGACCCCUGCCCUUCCUGUGGAAAUGCAGAGGGAUAAGAGGUGGGAGGCCUCACUAUUGCCCUGGAGGUUGCCAUCUAGGAGAGACUGUAGAGAAGGGCUAGCAUAAGAAGGGUGACUUCAGGGAGCUGUGGCUGUGUUAUGUUCUCUCCUCUCAUUCCACACACGUGUGAGGGUCCUGUGAGGUCAGGCCUAUGCUGGCAUGAAGAAUAUGGGCAAAUAAACCAACACAGUCCCUGGCCACUUGGAGUUUAUAGUGAGUGAAAUAGCCAUUAAAAUCAUUAACAUCCAAAUAAAUCUGUAAUUACAAACAGU